ACUAAAACCUGUUGAAUGCGUCCCAAUAUAUGACCUUUCCAACAUGGCGCUUUCCAAAGUGACGGACGUGAUUGCAGACCUACCCCUGGGUGUGAAGGCUACAGGCGGCGCGGUACUUGCAGGGGCGGUGCUGGCAGCUAUAUGGAAGGGACUUGGAACCCGUCAAGCCAACAGGAAGGUUUACCCCCGGGACACAAUUGUUAUCCAUCAGAUAGGACGUGGUCCGUGCGUACCCAGUCUCACGCCCUUUGCCAUUAAGUUAGAGACGUACUUCCGGAUGGAAGACAUUCCCUAUGAGGUCGUACAUAGCUGGUUGAGACCGAGCCGAAAAACAGGAAAAGUGCCAUAUUUAGAGUACAAUGAUUUGGAGGUGCCGGAUAGCGAGUUUAUUCUGGAGUUUCUCAGUAAGGAGAAAAACUUUGACCUGCACACCGGCCUCACACAGGAACAAAUUGGAGUCGGCAGGGCCUUCCAGAAAAUGGCAGAGGAAAAUACAUACUGGUGCAUGAUGGCAGAUCGAUGGGUACUUGACAAAACCAAUAUGGUGUGGAAGGUGUUUCGUGUCCCUCGAAUUUUGUGGGGUUUCGGUAAACGCUCCAUACAAAAGACCAUGUAUGCACAAGGUAUGGGACGUCGUACACCAGAGGAAAUACGUCACAUUAUGUCGGAAGACCUCAAGGCCCUGUCGUACUACCUUGGAUCGAAGAAGUUUCUAUUCGGUGAUAAAGCGUGUAAAUUCGACUGUGCUGUCUUUGGAAUUCUGGCUGUGAUGAAAUGGGCGUCAUUCGGCGGGUUCGGAGCAUCAGUCCUACAAGAUUAUCCUAACCUAUUUGACUACUGUGAACGAAUGAAGGAAACGUUCUGGCCAGACUGGGAUGAGAUGAUACAGACAGACUGUACCAAAUAGGCAAAGUUUCACCAGUCGUUAUUUAAUGAACAAAUAUUACGCAGCCAACAAGGUUAUUGAAUGUCAAUUUUCAUCACGUCAUCGGAUACAACCGGCACAUAAUGUGUGGACUAUAUCUUCAAGAACAUAAAUAAUUAUAUAAAUAAUUAUUUGUUAUAAAAAACUUGAAACGUUUUCUGAUAUUUUUCUGAUAACCUACUCAAGGUAGACUUAGUUGUGUUGUAUUUGCUUGAUAUCAUACACCGAUUGAUUAAAUUGAUCAAUUAUGCAAACAUAGUAAAAAUUAUAUGCAUGUUCCAUAUACUGUACACCCAUAAACCUCUGCUACGAAAGCUAUAAAGAUAUUCUCCAAUGAGAAGAGGUGUGUUAUAAUGUUUAUUUAC